ACGUUACGUAAACAAGUCCUUGUUGACUUGUUGAAGUCCCAGUUGAAGUAUCUCUGACUCAACCACAAUACUUCAAAUACAAAUGUAAUCUCGGAGAAAAUACCUCCCAUACAAACAUAAUGGACAAUGGUGUUUCAUUGUAUCGGAACAUACCUUUUCUGUGAUCAGGCUGACAAAAGUUACAAAGUCUCACUUGAAAAGAUUAUUGAUGAGUGGUGAAAAUGUUCCAGCAGGUUGAAGUUUAAUUCUGAAGACACUGAGUUGGGUGAAACACAGUGUCCAUGAUUUGGAUUUCAGUACGGUGGCAUGGAGUUAUCGGGUCCUGUGUGAAAACCCCUCAUGGCUGUUGGCUCGAUUGGUCCUGCUUGUCCCCUCCUCCCUCUGUGGAGGGCAGUGAUUGGGCAACAGUUGUGGUCUUUAAAGGAACAAGUAAUUUUAUUAUGUGUCAUGCAAUAUUAAUGAUUAUAAAACAUUCAAAUAUUUAUUAUCAAUAAUGAAUGUCCUGACAGAAGUUGCCCAUCACAGAUUACCCUUCCUACCACUGAUGAACCAAACUGUGGUGCUUAACAGCUUUAUUUUCUUUAGCUGGAUGGUAGCAGUGGUUAAAGGUGAAAAUAUGUGUGUAUGUCCUGUUUAACAUUAUUAUAAGAUGAUAUAUAUGUGGUUCUUCAUGGUCUCUCAGGUGGUUUUUGCAAAUGUGUCCAUUGCCGGACAUCAAUCAGCUUAAGGAAUACUCAGGAAAUGCAUUUAUUUGGUCUCUUGCCAAGAGUGAGAUGAGAAGAUCAAUACAGGGGAUGGGCAUGUUAAGUCAUUUACAUUCUCACAUUUCCAGUACUCACAAAAUAUAUAUAUAUAUAUAUAUAAUAUAAUAUAAUAAUAGGAUCCAAAAUAAGAUUUUGAUGAUAUUGCUGUGUAGCAUGGGAUCAUGUUGCUUCAUUGUUAAACAACCACCAUUGGCAGUGAAAAUUUGACAUGAUGCAGAAAAAAUGUUCUUUGAUGAGUUAAAGUUACAGUACAGUUACCUUGCUAGCUUAGCAUUAGAUGAGUGGACUACCCAUGCUGCUACUGUACCUACUGCUAGGUAGGUGGUAGGCUACUGCUAACAUUAUGUAGCAAAUUCAGUUGUACAGGAACCCAGUUCUGUUAUUUAUCGUGAAAUUGAUUUCAACAUAUAAAAAAUAACUUUAUGAGAGUAUCAAACGUGAUUGCAAUGCUAUAUUGUUCCCGUAUGCAUUACCUUGGUGGCUAGCAUCAGCCACUUGUCAUCGCAGCACGUAGUAAGAUAUAGACAAAGCAAAAAACAUGUGAUCACAUUGAAUAAUGAAUACUGACAGCCAAAUCAAGUACUCAAGUAGCAUACUAAUGCUUAAUUCCAAUAAAUUGGCUACCACUCUUAUUUUGAUUGAAUGUUAAACAUGAAGCUACUGUCAGUGAGCUACUUAGCUUAGCCUAGCACAAAGCCUUAGAGAAAUAGCUACGUAACCACCACCACCACUGUGUAACUUUACUAGAGGUUAAACAGUUAUCCAUGAUAUUCAUACACAUAACAAUGUUUUAGCUGUAAUAUGCUAUCUAAUCUAUGCUGUACAUCUUCUCUCACUCUCAGCAAAAAAUUGUUGUUUCAAAUUCUGAAUUAUAAUCUGGCCGCAUAUAGAUGAUGAUGUGUAUAUUUUGGGCUGAGGAGGGAGCAGAGAGCUAGUUAUUUUCAUCAUUGGUUAUUCUACAGAAGAAGAAUGACGCCUUUCUUAUGAAUAAAUAGUCCAAUGUGUUAGAUUGGUCUCUCAUUUCACAGCUGGCUAUAUCUGACACUAAUUUGACAACAGAACAAUCCUGUGUGUGUUUAAUAGUCAAUCCAGAUAUUACAAAGUAAAUACAACCAUUCAUGAUAGGAGAGAGGUUACAUUUCUGUUGAGUUAUGUCUUUGAUGAAGCAGUAGAUCUGCUGAGUGUAGAGACGUUUGUGUAAACUCUUGUUUGGAGUGAAAUGCUCUGGAUGAUGAGGCUCUUAUGAAAAAAAUGCCAAUACUGUUUCCACUGUUCCCCUGCUUCUCUAAUCAUUUGAGUCUCAGAACAUUUUGUCUUUUGAAUUGUGUUUCAGGAUGCAGAGCUUGUGUUCAGUGCCAGUAAAGGGCUUAGAUGUUUCAUUUGGGAAGCCAAAGAGAGCAGCCUAAACGAUCAAAGCACAGCACAUCGGUGUUUCCUUUUGCAAAGCUUUUAGAGAGCCACCUCUCCUGGGCACAUUCAGUGUUUGAGUGCUUGUUGAUAUUCACCUGCCUGCAUCUCAGGCUGUCAAUCAAUUAGGUUUGACUACUGCAGGUUCAUAGAGCUAGACUACGUUCCUAUGGAGACAGGCUAUAUGGUCUCAAUGCGUCCGACUAAAGGCUAUGCAUCGACCAAGUCGCCGACCAAAGGAUACGCUUCUACGAAGUCUCCAGAUCGCCACAGCCGUUCAACAAACUCUCCCUCGACCCCACGUUCUCGGCGGACACCAGCCGCGCCCAGCAAUAGAGAUCCCCAUGGCAACGCCUCCCUCAGCAGCAGCAGCAACUCAGGCUCUUGUAAAGGCAGCGACUGCAGCCCCACCAAAGGGCGUCAUCAGAAGUACACAUCAUGUACGGACAACCAUGGAAUCCGGCCCCCUCCACCAGAGCAGUACCUCACACCCCUACAGCAGAAAGAGGUGUGCAUCCGACACCUGCGCGCCAGGCUAAAGGAAACCAUCAACACUCUACAAGACAGGGACACAGAGAUAGAUGAGCUGAGAGGCCAGCUUUACAGGAUGCAGGAGGACUGGGUGGAGGAGGAAUGUCACCGCGUGGAGGCACAGCUGGCCUUGAAGGAGGCACGGCAGGAGAUCCAGCAGCUCAAACAGGCCGUGGACACAGUUCGCGGCAGGCUCAGUGAUGCUGGGGGGCUCAGUGGGGACAUAGGGGUCCAGAAGUACUUUCAGGACAUCAAUGCUCAGAACCACAAGCUUGAGAACCUUUUGCUCAGCAUGGAGCUAGCCCAGGCUGGAUUAGCCAAGGAGGGGGAAGCCAUGCCAGGCUAUCGAACCCGUGUUGGAGGUUCGGCACCAGCAUCGGUAUCAGGUGAAAGUCCAGGAGGACUGCCCAAACUGGCAGUAGGAGGGAGGGGGUCUUGCUCCUGUGAUGGUUCCCCGGCCCGUUCUCUAACAAGGAGCUCCACCUAUACUAAGCUGAGCGAUCAGGCGCUUGCGGAUAGGAAUGGCAAUGGCCCAGACUUUCCUUGUCUGUCAGGUGAUGGCACCCAGGACAGCGGCUUUGUGUGCUGUGGGGAGAGCAGUGUCCCCAGUCGGGCCGACCUGUUGCUGGAGGCCGCCUUCCUCUCAGAGGAAACAGCAUCUUUACUUAACUCCUACGCACAGACCUUUUCUCAAUCUCUACCCCAUUCUCUGCCCAAUUCCCUGGCCCAUUCUUUGCCCAACUCCCUUCCCCGUUCAUUGCCCAACACCCUGCCCCGUUCUUUGCCCAACUCUCUGCCGCACAAUUACUCCCAUACUUUACCUCAUUCUUUCCCUCACAAUUUGUCCCACUCUAUGCCCCACACUAUGCCACAUUCCUCCACCUAUGAGAAGCUGUGCACAGGCGAGCAUCUGGCGCCCCUUCGUUGCGGCCUGGGUGGAGUGGGCUGUAUGAGCCAUCCCUGCCUGUCCCACCACCACCUCUACCUGCACCCCUUGCGGGAGACAGGCAUUCAGACCGAAAGUUGCCCCAUUCCUGCAACGGCAGGUUACCCCUCUGAUCUGGAUACCAUUGCAGAGCAACGCACUUUCCGCUCCCAAGCCUGUAGCCCCACCUCCACCUGGAUGUCUGAUGAGGGGGAUGAGGAGCUGGAUUCCAUCACCACCACAACUUCAGUAACAACAGCAACAAUGAUGAGCACGGCUACAGAGCCGAUCCCGGCCUCCAAAACACCACCAGUCCCUACAUUACCACGGUCUGCUACUGUGGCAUGUUCCAUGGAAAGUCCUCUGUGUGCUGCGAAAGAGGGAGUGGAGGAGGAGGAAAAGCAGGAGAAAGAGAAAAGGGAGAAGGAAGCUGAUGCAACAGAACAGCAGGAGGAAACAACUGUUAUCAGAGUGCCAGAGGAAGAGCUGCAGACACAAAUGGGCUCAGUAGAAGAGAAUGAGGUGAAAGUUCAGUGUGUAGUGGAGGAAACAUUCCCAGUAAAACUGUGUGAUUUGUCAGAGACAUCAGCAGGGACACAGGGUGAGCUUGGAGGAUGCUGUGGUGAAGUCAGAGAGGAUGUGACAACAUUGGAAAACCCCUGCAUGGAAAACAGACAGCAAGAAGUUUGUCUAUCGGCAGGACCAACACAGGUAGAGACAGCAGAUCUGAGUCCAAGUCACCCAGGAUUAUCUCCAGACAUAGAACAGCCUCACACCUCCCAGCCAAGGAGAUCUACUUCCCAUGAGGAGAUAGCUGGUGUCACUGUAGUGGAGUUGCAUGAGGAUGAUGAUGAAGAUGAAACUAAAGAACAAGGUGCCACAGGGGGAGAAACAGAGGAGGGAGACUCAUCUGACGAUGGGACAAUUCAGAAAAGCUACUGGAGUCGUCACUUCCUGGUUGAUCUGCUGGCAGUGGCCAUCCCUGUAGUGCCAACAGUGGCGUGGCUCUGCCGCAGCCCAGUCCGCGGCGGACAGCCCAUGUAUCAUAUAGGGUCACUGCUGCGAGGCUGUUGCACUGUAGCCCUGCACUCACUGCGCAGGGGAGGUGGGUUGAGGCAUUACCCCGCAGGCGGGGGAGACUUGGGCGGAUCGCAGAUUUAAGAUCUCUUAAGCACCUCUGUGGUCUUAACUGUGACCUCUCCUGUAUGGAUCCGGCUCCUUAGCUUGUUGGAAGAUACCUGUAGCGCGAGGAGACGAAGGGAAAAAACUUCCUGUCCAGCAUUCCUCAUCAAGGUUAAUAGCUGAGGGAAGCAUCAGGAAAAGGAAAUGUGCAUUUAUGAAUUAGAUCUCUGACUGGUUAAGUCUGUUCUGUCUGGUCCUGCUCCUAAUUGUCUCUCACCCACUGGUCCUUGCUGUUGCUACCAAGAUGUCUGCUAACAUUACUGACUUGUGCAAAACUGAAUGAGCUGAUUGAAAUGAAUGAUCUAUGCUUGGAUGUUUAACGCUGAUUGUUUUUUUUUUAAAUGCAGGGAAAUGUGUAAGGUUCAUUGAUCUGUCAACCUGCAAGGCUGUAAUAUGGUAGUCUGUAUGUUCAAGAGUGUGUCCAUGUAUAACCAAAUGGACUGUUGUCUGCAGUGGGUAAGCUACACUCUGCCCACUGACCAGUGAAGAAGGGGAAAUCCACCCUAAUUCAGACUU